GGCUCCUCUCCGGCCUGCCGGUGCGGGCCGCCGGCUCGGGCCGGUGUCUUCCGGCGUCUGGGGAGAAAGACGUACGCUGACGUCAGAGAUUAGACGGGGGCAACCGUGCUGUCGUCACCGGCGUGGUAUAGUAGUGCAGCGUUAAGUAGGCAGGGUUGGUUUUUUUUUUUUCCAGUUAGUAAAUGAGUUUUGCUCCGCGGCUCGACCUACGGUAAUUGUUAGGCAUUUGCUCGGUGCCGAGACAGCAAAAACCUCAUUUAUGUUGUAUGGGGUUUAAUUCUGUGAAUUGGUAGGAUUUAAUUUCCCAGCUGACGGCUUCGGUUUCAGUUGGGAAAUGUUGGAGAUGGGUGAGGAAGAGUGGUCAGUUUGGAGCCUGUCACCUCUUUACAGUGUGUGUGUCUCUCUCUCUAAUGCAAUUUGGAAAACCUGUUUGAAUUCAAGUAUAAACAAUCAGGUGCUGUUUUCACAUUUGGAAAAAGCAAAUUUGCAGAAGAUAUUCCUAGCAAGUUCUGGUUCAAAAAUGACAAGCCUGUACUUAUAUCAUGUGGAGAUGAACAUACUGCUAUUGUUACAGCUUUUGAGGAGAAGGAACUGUAGAAGCAUGAGUACAAAAUUUCUUUGGGACCAAAAAGUAUUUUGGGACAUUGUAAAUUAGAGGUAAAAGAGAGGGUAGAAUACUGAUCAACAAUGAGCAAAGGUAGAGAAACUGCAAGAGCCGUACAAAAAAGUGAAGAAGGGAAACAGAAAACCUUUGUCCCUCAUUUGUUCUUCACACCUGUGCAUGCCCGUGUGCACCUCGCAUUUCUGCUGUUAGAUGGAGUUGGAUGAUACAGUGGAAUUACAGCCCUUCGUGAAUGGCAUUGAACUGCAAUAACACCUGGAAUAAAAGGUCCAGAAGUGCAUGCCGAUAAUGACUUUACUGAGAGGGGUACAGACCUUGUGGGAAACCAGGAGCUUCUUGAAAUCCAGCUGAACCUGACCUGGAAGAGAUAAAAGACAAACAUCACUGAGGAAGGAAAAGUAUCUCAAGCAGGGAAUGGUAAACUAUACAUGUUUGGCAGUAACAACUGGGGCCAAUUAGGACUGGGAUCAAAGAACACUGUCAGCAAACCAACAUGUGUUAAAGCUUUAAAACCAGAAAAAACAAAACUUGCUGUUUGUGGAAGAAACCACACUUUAGUUUACACAGAAAAAGGAAAUGUGUAUGCUGCUGGAGGUAACAGUGAAGGUCAGUUGGGAUUAGGUGACACAGAGGAAAGGACCACAUUUCAUUUAAUUAGUUUUUUUACCAACCAGCACAAGAUCAAACAGCUAGCAGCUGGAUCAUACACCUCAGCAGCAGUAACUGAGGAUGGGCAGCUUUUUGUGUGGGGUGACAAUUCGGAAGGUCAGAUUGGCUUGGCUGAUGAAGCCUGUGUUAGUGUCCCGUGUCAAGUGGAUGUUGGAAAACCUGUUUCCUCUGUAUCCUGUGGAUAUUAUCACUCUGCCUUGAUAACAGGAGAUGGUGAGCUCUAUACUUUUGGAGAACCCGAGAAUGGGAAACUGGGAUUAUUGCCUGAACAGCUGAAGAACAAUAGAGUCCCACAGCCUGUACUGGGAAUUAUGGAAAAGGUUAAUAAGGUUGCCUGUGGUGGAGAACACACAGUGGUGUUGACAGAGACGGAUGUAUAUACUUUUGGACUUGGACAAUAUGGGCAGCUGGGACAUGGUACUUUUAUUUUUGAAACUUCAGUACCAAAGUCUGUGAAACACUUGAGGAGGCAUAAAAUAUGUAACAUUACAUGUGGGGAAAAUCAUACUGCUGUAAUAGCAGAGAAUGGCCUCAUGUUUACUUUUGGAGAUGGACGACACGGCAAGUUAGGCCUUGGAGAAGAGAAUUUUACAAAUCAGUUUGAUCCCACUCUGUGUUAUAAUUUCUUGAGGUUCACAGUCCUUUUGGUUGCUUGUGGUGGUUGUCACAUGCUAGUUUUUGCUGCUCCAAGACCUAAAGGAUCUGAAGAAGUACUCUUAGAAGAUUUAUAUGAAAGCCAUUUGACUGCUACUAUCUCUAAAAUGAGUGGAGACUCACUACUAACAAACACCUUACAACUAACAUCAGCACGAAUGCGACGUCGAGAGAGGGAAAAGUCACCAGAACAGUUUAUUCGAAUGGCACGAACUCUGCCUCCACUGGGAGAAAGCUCCUUAAAAUCCUCACUGCCUGUGACUAGCAACACUAGCCCACUCUGUUUUUCUGCAACAAGUCUUCCUAAAGCUGAACCUAUGAAGGACAGAGACCAUGAAAAAGAAAAGAAUCAUCAAAAAGAUAAACGUGGAGAAGGCUCUGCAGAAGAAGAUUCCGAUAAUGAAAAUAAUGACAGAAACCUUGGAGAUACAACUGACAUCCUAAAUAUGACACAUGCAAUGAAAUUGAAUCCCAGUGACCAGUCCUUAAAAUUAUCACCACUCCAAAAACAAAAGAAGAACAAUAAAAAUGUGAAACUGAAAAGAGAUGGUAAGGGUGGGCUGAAAAACAAGGAUUCUGAUUUCAUGAAGGAGGCCUCAAAAUUAGACUCUGGCUCUUUACAAAAGCAGUCAUCACUUUUAGAGUCACCGAGACAAGAUUUAGAAAAAAGUAGUGCCUUUGUAGGGAAGCCUGUGGCCAAAAAAAAUAAAAUGAAAGGUAAAUCAGAGCAUGCACAAAGUGUUAGUAUUUUGAAAAGUGGUGUCCAACAGAUUACUAGGGACAAAUGCAGAUUAGCGAAAAGGGAAAAAGAAUAUGUGGAAAAUCCUGAAUUUGUCAGAGAGGAUGUAACUUUUAAUCUUCCUACUGAAAAACAAAUUCUGACUGAAAAAACAAAUUCUUCCAAUAAAAAGUCAAAAGCUGAUAAAUCUAAGCAAUCCCUUAAAAUAGAUGUACUUCCUUCUGCAUCCCGGGAUCGGCCCCAGACUGAUUCAUUAAUUGUACAAAAAUACAAUCCUGUUAAAAAGCAAGGAAGUCAAGAAGCAAUAGAAAGUCAAAACAAAAUGAAGGAUGUUGUUGAAAAAUCUGAUAAAUGUGAAAGAACAUGCAUCAGAGGAGAAGAGAGUAGUGAAGAGCAGAGACGGUUUAAAAAAAAGGAUCAAUUUUUGAAACAAAUAGCUGUAAGUAUGUCAUCGUCUUCAACUGAAGAAAGUAGUAAUGAUCUUGCAAAAUACACACUUAAGAGUAGGGAAAAAGAAGAGGACUACUAUGAAGGCAGAGAGGUCCAGACGGCAAUGAAAACAGUAGAAAAAGUGCAAGAGUUGGACUUAGAAAAAGAAGACAGUGAGAUUGAGGAGAUGCAAGCUACAAACAAUCAGAAAGAGUAUGUAGAAGAGACUGAUAGAAAAAGCCUGAAUGAGGAAGAAACAAACUCUGAAGCUAAAUCUGAUGAAGACAGGCAGUUAGAAAUUAAGAAUGAGGAGGAAUCUAAUAAAGAGCAGGAGAGUGAAGGCAGUGAAAAGGGUGAAAAUGAAAAAGAAAAACUAGAUGAAACAGUUGACAGUGAAGGUGAACUAGGGGAGGAAGAAGAGAGUGAGGUUAAAAAAGAUAGAGAUGAAGUUUCAGUAGAAGGAGAUGAAGAGGAAAAAGAUAACGAGGAGGAAAAAGAUAAUGAGGAAAAUGAAAGAGAGGAAUCACAGGCUGAAAGAGACAGUGAGAAUGAGGGUGCAGAAGAGAUUAAUCAGGAAGACAGCAAAGAGCAAGGAGAUGAGGAAGGCAGGUUGAUGGAGGAAGAAGAAACACUGAGUGAGGGAGAAAAGAAGGAUAUGGAGGAGGAGGAGUAUGCAAAAGAGGAAGACACUGAAAAAGAAAAGGAGGAACAGGUUAAAAGUGAGGGAAGAGAUGAGAGUGAGGAAGGAGGUGAAGGUACAGAGGUGGAGGAAGAAAAAGAGGUAGUGGCAGAAGAGGAAGGAGAAGAUGAAAAGGAAAAUGAAGAAGAAGAAAAAGAAAGGGAGAAUGAAAAUGACAAAGAGGGUGAAGAAGAGGAGUUAGAAGAAUCAUUGGCAGGGAGGGAAGAAGAGGUACCCGAAGAAGAACAGGAAGAGGAAGAUGCAAAUAGGAGGACUAAGGAGGUGGGGGAAGAUGGAGUGGAAGAAGAAGGAGAAGAGGGGGAGGAUGAAGUGGAAGAUGAAAAAGAAGAUGAGGAGGAAGAGGAAGGAGCAGAGGCAGAAGCAGAAGGGGAGGAGGGGGAAGGAGAUGAAAAGAAGGAAGAAGAGUGGGAAAAUGAAGAAGAGGGAUGGGAAAAUGAAGAAGAGGAAGGGGAAGAAGAAGAAGAGGCAGAAGGGGUGGAAGAAGAUGAGGGAGUAGGGGAGGAAGAAGAAGAGGGAGAAGAGGGAGUUGAAGAAGAUGGGGGAGAAGAGGGAGUGGAAGAGGGAGAAGAGGGAGUUGAAGAAGAUGGGGGAGAAGAGGGAGCGGAAGAAGAAGAGGGAGAGGAGGGAAAAGAGGAAGAGGAGGAAGAGGGAGAGGAGGGAGAGGAGGGAAAAGAGGAAGAGGAGGAAGAGGGAGAAGAGGAAGAGGGAGGGGAGGAGGAAGAAGGAGAAGAAGAAAAAGGGGAAGAGGGAGAGGAGGAACAAGAAGGGGAAGAGGGAGAGGGAGAAGAAGGAGAAGAGAAGGAAGGGGAUGUGGGAGAGGAGGAAGAAGAGGAUGAGGGAGAGGAGGAAGAAGGAGAGGAAGAGAAAAAAGUAAACGGAAAAAGAAAAAAUUAUAGUAAUAAGCUUCCACAAAAGAAAAGCAAAACCAGGAAGUCAGAGAAGACGGGAAGUACUGCUUUACCAAACAGCUCUAAACAAAAAAUGAAGUCUAAACAGCACGUAGCAAAUGGUUUACAUAAUUCAGAACAAUUUUGGAACAAUGUGCUACCUCAUUAUUUAACACUAAAGUAGCAUAGACUACUGGAGAUGCAUUUUAAGCCUAUUCAGGAAACUUUGGAACUAUGGCAGAUUGAUUUUUAUUACUUAAAAUUUUUUUUUAAUAUAGUCAAAAUAUAUUAUUAUGCAUAUACUUUAAGUGCCAAUUUAUUGAAAAAGACUGAAGAAAAUGUUUAGUUUUGGGAAGCUUUUGUGAGAGAAAUCAUAUGAAUUGUUGAUACAGUCAUUUACACAAUCAUCUUUAUCAUGUAUGACAGAUUUAAAAAAAUAAUUGCAGAGGAGGCAAAAUGUGUUUGCCUCAAUUAAAUUAUAAUGUCAUGCUGACAACAUGAAUUAUACAUUGUAACAGUGUAAUCUUCUUUGCCUUUGAAUCAGAUUUCUUAAGGUAAUACAUCAAUUUUAGUUGCAGGAUAGCUUACUUGUUAAGGUGCCUUAUAUGAAAGGAGUGUCAGUAAAUCAUCAAAGAUACUUAUUUUAAAUUUUGGUAUCACUCCAUAUUCAUUCCCCCUACUUUUCUUCUGUUCAUAUAUUGGUAAAAUGUUUGAGUACUCAGUCUAAAUUAAAGAAAGAACAAGUUGCCAAAUUGACAUGGGUCGGUAGGUGGGAGGUAAAUGGAGGUGGAGGCCUGGGUAAAUGGUGGCCUGGGCUUUUUUAAAGGCCUUAAGGUUGACUUCUUAUUUUGGUGUCAGCACACAAUUAUGUGCAAAAAGACAAACACAAGUCUCAGAAUCUGGCCUAGAUUACAUUUGAGUCAGAAUGCAUCUGUUUAGGGAUAAUUUUUUACUAUCACAUUUUGUGAUUAGAUAUAAUCAAGAAUUUGAAAACAUACACCUGUAAAACAUUAUUUACUUGUUUAUACUGUGCAAUACACAAAAGAUUCUAUAUCUGCCUACAAAAGACUACAUUACAUUAGUCAUCUAAUUCUGAGGUUCUCAAGGAGGGGAAAAUAUUUUGUUGCAGUGUGAAGUGUAUAUUAUGUUUUCAGGAUCAGAGCCUAAGCUUCUCCUCACUGGAUGAGAUUUGUGUUUUUCCCUCCUAAAAAUCACAUCUGUGAUCUCCAAAAAGAGGACAAUGUUCUGGACUUUCCUUAAAAUACACAAACAAAUCUUGCAAAUUAUUUUUGUAAGAUAUUGCAUUACUGUUUCACAUAUUAGUGGUCAAACUGGCAAAAGAAGGGAUGGGGACUCGUCAUACAGCAUUAUUACUUAAAUACUAUGCUAAUGGGUGUCUGAGAAAUUUUUGUAAGCAGAUCUCAGUAUUGACAUUGUCUAGAAAAAUAGUUAUUUAAAUCCCAUUUGAAAAUAAGGACAGCAGAAAAAAGGAAUCAAAAUGAGUAAAUGUCAUUCAAUAAAAAAGUUAAUGGAAUCAAUACUGAUGUUGAGAUUAUGAAACAUUUUUAAUGUUGUUUUGUAAGAUACUGGCAUUAAACUAUCUUUGACACAA